AUGGGAACUCUAGCAACGCGAGUACAAGAGCGAAAUAGAGCGGCUGGACUACGAGUUCGAGCAGCUCGAGCUCGCGGAAAAGCGCGGGAGUUGGAGGCUCUUUGUCGGGCGGCAACAGGCGUUGAAGGGGUGACAGAAAAGGCGUGUCAGGGAAAGGAGAAAGUGGGAGCUGAUGACACAGAGUUGACCGGAGACCAGCGUCUUUCUCCCGACACGACCGUCGCCGUUCUUCGCAAGCCCGACCCGAACUCCGAGCGGCGGAACGGUGAAAGUGAUGUGGAAGCAGCGGCAGAAGUGGUGUGUCAGGAAAAGAGGAAAACGGAAGCUGGAGACACCGAGGUGACCGGAAACCAGCGUGUUUCCUCCGACACGACCGACGCUGUUCCACGCAAGACCAACCGAACGCCCGAGCGGCGGGAAAAGGAAGAGAAGGCUCUUCGGGCGUCCAGCUGCGACUUCCCGGAGGACGAAGGCGACGCCAAGACAGAGACGACGCCGGGGGAGUCCAGCCAGCUUAUGGAGAGCGGCGCCGAGAUGCCACAAACAGCGGUUCAGCAAACAAGCCAGGAUCCUGACCGCUCUGAUCGGCACCCGUGCGGCUUUGGGAUCCAGCCCACGGCGCCAUCGCAGGAGUCCACGCGGCUCACCAGGAGGGAGGUGAUUGGGAUUUCCUUCGACGAGAUCAACCACACCUGCCUGGUGCGGUUGCGGAGCCCGGACUCCAGACCCUUCACGGAGUCCGCGAGCCAGGAGAACGUCGACGAGCACACGUCCGGUAGCGAGUCGUCGAGGUUGGAGGACGGGAGACCCCAAGCCGGCCAUAACAAGGAACCUGCAACCGGAGGCGGCUGCGCGGGCAAGGGACCCACUGGAGACACGAUGGAGCCCGGGCGAGACAAAGCAAGCCCGACGCCAGUGCACCUGAGGAGGUCGUCAUCUUCGCGGCAUGGUGCAUCUGAGACAGAGAACUCGGAGGCUGUUAUGAGCAAGCAACCGAGACCCAAGAGGAAGAGGCGGCGCCGAAUCAGCGUUGUACGUUCUAGCAGCAAAGCUUCCUGCAAAGAGCGCCCAGGAAGACGCGACGAGCGCCACCUUAAGAAGAGGAAGCGGUCCUCGAAGCUGGGAGGGGGAAAACUCCAGCACCCCAAUCCCAACAAGCCACGGACCCACAGCUCAAGUGCGAGAAAAGAGCCUGGAGGAGGCAACAACGAGCCUGGAACGACGCAGCGAGGUUCCAAACGGAGGCACAGCUCAUCGCCCGUGGUUCAGCCAGGCAUCACGUCGGACGGGGAAACCAAGGGAGAUCUCCGGGACUGCAGCUUCGCGCCUGCACGCAAGUCCAAGGAGAAGAACUUGAACAGUCCGAGUGAUGCCAAGAACAAACACGGCGUGGGUUAG